UUUAUUAUUUAUUUGUGAAAAAAAAAGGAAAUAUUAUUUUAAGAAAUCCUUUGAGGCGAAUCGUGCAACCAUGUGUCCCUCGCACUAUUUAUCAAUGCCUCUUACUUUGUACUUGUGUCUCACAUCAACUUUUGAUGCAAAUGGCAACCACGACGACACUGUUUCUCGCUCUUCUCUUUCUCUUCUCGCUCUUCUUCACCGGAACCGUUAGAUCCGACCCUGAUUCUGAUUGCGUCUACACGGUCUACGUUCGAACCGGUUCGGUUUUAAAAGGAGGAACCGACUCGAAGAUCGGAGUGAAGUUAUUCGACAAGUAUGGUUACUACAUCUACAUUAAAAACCUCGUUUCAUGGGGCGGGUUAAUGGGUUCGGGUUACAACUACUUUGAGCGUGGUAACCUUGAUAUCUUCAGCGGUAGAGGACCUUGUUUAGACGGACCCGUUUGUGCCGUUAACGUUACUUCUGACGGUGACGGUCCACAUCACGGUUGGUACUGUAACUACGUGGAAGUCACUAGUACUGGGCCCCACAUAUCGUGUGCUCAGGAGCAAUUCACGGUGGAGCAGUGGCUCGCUACUGACACUAGUCCUUAUGAGCUUUGGGCCGUUAGGAAUCUCUGCCAUUAUAGUUUGGAUCAGGCCCGGCCCAAAUCUGGUCCACGUGAUACCAAAAGAAUCGGAUCUGAGUUUUCUAUUUUGAAUGCACGCGCGUGAGAAAUGGUUUCAAGAUAGUGUUGUUUUUUGUUGAGUGAGUUUAUCGUGUUUAUGUGUGGGUAUGGCGUUUCUUUCCGUACCGUAUCAUUAUUUGGAAUCGGGUUUCAGGGCCAAUAACCCGUUUGUGUUUUGUAAUCUUCAAUAAUAAUGGCGCUAUAUAUGUAUUAAUAUGUGAUGUGAUUGUUCUGGACAAAUACCAUGUUUAAAAGGAGAUAUUAGACACUCUGUUUUGGUUCAAGGUGAGUCACAUUGCAGCUU